AAAAUAUUUUGAGAAAGUCAAAUAAAAAGGGUUAAUAAAAAACACGUGCACCGAUAAUCUCUUCUCUGUUCUCCAAGUUAUCUCCACAGGAACGUGGACCUGGAGCGAAUAGAUGAAUUUGCAUUCGAUGGCGUCAUCCACGGCCCGACCUACUUAGACCUUUCAGAGACCACGGUCUGCUCCCUGCCCUCAAUGGGCAUGGAGACCAUUGAGAAGCUCCAAGCCAAGAACACUUGGACCCUCAAAGUGCUGCCCCCCUUCAGGUCCUUCCUGCAUCUGCAGAGCGCUGAGUUGACCUUCCCGAGCCACUGCUGCGGCCUCAAGAAGUUGAAGAGGUGGAGAGGAGACUCUGAAGCCGUGAUCUGUAACCUGACGCGGGCCCUCAGGCCUCAGGACCCUCAGGGGUACCUGGGCCACGCUCUCCACCGCCGGCUGAACGCCAGCUUCGCUCUCCAGACCGCCGCCGCCGCCGCCGCCGUGAACCUCGCCGGCUGCUACGACAGCCCGGUGUGCCCGACCCGGGAGUCCCAGAGCGAGGGUCAGUUCUACGUGGAGCUGCCCACGGAGCGGCCCGACGACGGCUUCCACUUCGCCCUGUGCGACGGACCUCACCUGGACGACCGCGGCCUCCUGUGCACGCCGCUGCCCGACGCCCUGAACCCCUGCGAGGACGUGGUGAGCCAGGGCUUCCUGCGGGUCCUGGUGUGGGUGGUCAGCCCGUUGGCCAUCUCGGCCAACUUCCUGGUGAUGUUCAUCCUGCUGACGAGCCAGCAGAAGUUCUCCGUCACGCGCUUCCUCAUGGGUCACCUGGCCUUCGCCGACUUAUGCAUGGGCGUCUACCUGCUGCUGGUGGCGUCCGUCGACCUCUACACGCGCUCCCACUACCACCGCUACGCCAUCGCCUGGCAGACGGACGGCGGCUGCAACCUGGCGGGCGCCAUCUCGGUGUUCGCCAGCGAGCUGUCCGUGUACACGUUGACCCUCAUCAGCCUCCAGCGCUGGCACGCCAUCUUCUACGCGAUGAGGGCGGACCGGAGGAUCCGCCUGCGCCACGCGGCGGCGCUGAUGCUGGCGGGCUGGCUGCUGUGCGUGGCGCUCGCCGUGCUGCCGCUGGUCGGCGUGAGCAGCUACCAGAAGGUGAGCAUCUGCUUGCCGAUGGACACGGAGACGCCGGCGGCGCGCGCCUACGUGGUCUCCGUGCUGAUGCUCAACGUGGUGGCCUUCACCGUGGUGAGCCUGUGCUACCUGCACAUCUACCUCAUGGUGCACAACCCGCUGCACCAGUCCAGCCGGGGCGACACCAGCAUGGCCAAACGCAUGGCGGUGCUCAUCUUCACCAACUUCCUGUGCCUGGCGCCCAUCUGCUUCUACGGCUUGUCCGCGGCGCUGCACCAACCGCUGAUGACCGUCACGGAUUCCAAGGUGCUGCUGGUGCUCUUCUAUCCUCUCAACUCGUGCGCUCACCCUUUUUUCUACGCCAUCCUGACGAAGGCGUUCCACCGGGACAUCCUGAUGCUGCUGAGCCGCAUGGGGCUGUGCCAGCGGCAGGCGCACCUGUACCGGAGCCAGCUGGUCAAUAUCCCGCCGUGUAGCCCCGCCCACACGGCACAACAUGUUCCAGUGCAGGAACUGCCCGGCUACAAGAUGUCCCCAAUUUGCUUUUAAUUAUUCAUUAAUGAUUUUUUUAUUGGGAGUCUAAAAUAAUUUCGUCUUCAUACUAAUUCACCGAAUUGAUCCAUUACGCAAUAUAUACCGUGACAAAAUGUGUGAUCCAUGAAUUUAUUGUAUCAGUUUGCUGUUUUUUUCUCCAAAAUAAUGUUCAAUAAUAAUCUUUCAGGCUUCUUUUGUGAAACUCAAUAAUUCGUAGCUUUUCGUUUUGAGAGCGAAGGCUUUUCUUUUUUUAGAGCAAAGAUUCAUAAGAAAGAAUAAUUAAUUAAUUUAAUUAUAAAUGAGAAAUCUGGUCUAAAAAAAUACCUUCGUAAAAGACGACUGGAAACGUGUCUAAAACUGUUAAUAUGAGGAGAACUCAUACAUCUUUUUUAAUGUUUUAUACAUUUUUAGCAUGAUAUAUAUAAAUAUAUUGCUUAUAUUUCAGAAUAUUACCCCUUCCAGACUCCUUACUUAUUUUCUUUAAUCUACGAUGACUCUAACAUAGUUCUGUGCAGACUUCAGGUCUGAAUUAAAAUAAGUACAAUAAAAUGUUGAUGUUGUUUUACACCCUAAUAACUCUACUUUAAGUGAAUAUUGCAUUAUUGUUUCUUUAAUAUUCUCUCUAGUUUCUUCAGUGGGAACAUUUUCAUUUGAGUCUGAUUUUAUUCUCAUUUCUUGUUAAUAAGUGUGACUCCUCUCACUCAGAACGUGUGUUUAUAUCUUUUACUUUGUUAUUAGUUAUCUACGGUGGUUAUUUGCAUUAAAACACACCAUUUAAUUGAAAGAGGAAAUAAAAGAUUAUAUUUGUAUUUGUUUAAAAUUGGCAAUUUUAGGUUUAAAUGCAGUGUCUGAUUUUUAAAGGUGCAAAUAAAGUGUUUACUAAAGUUCAA